AUGUCCACACUCUUCCGCAAGGGCGGCAUCCCCGCACUCGUUUCGUCGCCGUUCGACCACGCGUCGCCGUGCCGUGGCACCCUCGUCAUCCUCGUCAAUGAGCGCGCGCGGCUGGCGACGGUCGAGCUGCAGUUUGAGCUCGCCGCGCAGGGCUGCAACGCCGAGCAGCGGAUGCGCUUCGUCUACGAUGCGGACAACUUCGAGCCCGGCACGACCACGGUGAGCGAUGCGCCGCUCGCGGGCAGAGGCGAUCGCGCGGUGCAGCUGGCGCAGAUAGCCCGCCCGCGGGGCGGCAAGCUGAAGGCGCUGGGCCUUGUUCUCAAGCAGCCCUGCGUCGUGCUGUCGCCCGCGGCGGGACCUCUGUCCGCCAACGACGCCGGCCCGCGCUUCGAGCAGCUGGCCGCGCUGGCCAGGGCGACGCGCGUCGACAUCGUCUUCGACUACGCCUGGCUGCAUCCGGACAAGCGGGCGCAGUUUGAGUGUCUUGUGGGCAGCUCAGGCCUGACGGGCUUUCCUCGCCGCAGCGGCGCAGUCGAGGCAGACUGGACCGUCUUCGGCGAGCGCGACCCCCCGCGGUACGAAGAGUCGCUGAAGCGGCCACGGCAGUCACCCUCGACCCCGCCCCAGGCGCCGCGCCCGAAGCGCCUCCUCCUCGACGACGCGAACGCCGACAUCGACCCCGGCUCGCCAACCGAAAAGGCCACCACCGACCCGUCCUCGCCGCCCGCCCCGCCCGAUCCACUCCAAGCCGCCGAGACCGCCAUGGCGAAGCUCCUCCCCUCCGCCCUGCGCGACGUCCUGCCCGAAAUCCUCGCCGACGUCCUCCCCGGCAUCCUCACAAACAUGUUCGCUGCACCAACACCCACACCCUCCUUGGCACACCCGUCCACGCCACCCCCAGGUCCGCCGAACCCCCUUUCCCCGCUCCACCGCGUCAUCCGCGCCCGCCUGCACUCCACCGCGGCCACCGUCGCCGAGCAGAUUAGCGCCGAGUCCUACGCGCACGCGCUGGAAGCCCGCGACCACGCGGACCUCGCGCUGGACGAGCAGCUUGAGGACCAGCGCCUCGAAUUCGCAAUGCUCAAGGAGGACCAGCUGAUGGAGAUGCGGAGGUUGUGUGAUGAGCGGCUAGAGGACAUGGAGGGGCGGUGCGCAGACAUGGUGGCAAGUGUGGAGGGUGAGUGCGGGGAGGCGUAUACCACGGCGAAGGAGAGGAUCAGCGAGUUGGUGGGGGAGCUGAGGGGGGUGCUCGUGAGGGAGAGGCUGGGGGUCCGGGCAGGGGUUGGGCUUGGGACUAGGACGAGGGCGGCGAGUGUGCCGCUGGACGUGCGCUGGUGA